AAUGUUUUUUUCUUUUAAAAAAGCUACAUGGAAGCAAGCCCUCUUCCUCGAUCCUCCCUCCACCACCGGCCGCCGCUAUCGCUCCUCCAUGGCUCAAUCCCUCCUCUUCGUCCGAUGGAGGCGACCGACUUUGCUCCAUCUCGAGCUGCUCGUUCUCUCCUCUCCCCCGACGACCAGCGCAGGAGAUAGAAGAUAAGAGAGGAGGGAAAGGGAGAGGGAGAGAGAGAAGGAAGGAGAGGAGGGAGAAAGAGAGAGGAAAGAGAAGAGGGAGGUACGAUGGCGGACGGGGUAGGUUCACCGGCCGGCGCCGGCGAGGUCGGGCGUGGUCUCCCGGUUGGUGGUGGCUCGAUCUGCUCCUGGAUCGGGGGCCUCCCGUCCGCACCGCAGCACCGCCGGCAUGGAGGCCCGGGCUCGGGCAGCCACUGCCCUCCUUCUCUCUAUUGUUCACUGCUUGCAGAUUCCUUUCAUCUUGUGCUUUAUUCUCAUAUGUGUUUCCCAUCUCGCAGAUCAUGGGGAAGUGAGUGGGCGGAUCAUCCUUGUUUGCUAACCCUGCACGUGGCAUCCUGCUCGUUGGUGAUUGGGUUCUCGGGUUAGCUCGUGUUUCUCAUCCAGUAGGUGCGCACGAUAUGAGCUCAAAUGAUCAUGCCCACGAUAUGAGCUCAAAUGAUCAUGCCCACGAUAUGAGCUUAAAUGAUCCUGUCCAUGAUAUGAGCUCAACUGAUCCUGCCGCGGAUCGUGCUGCUGCACGUGACCGUUCUGUGGCUCGGUGGCGCAACGGAGUCUCAGCGCGAAUCGCACUGUUUCAGGAUGCGUUUAGUGCCGGGCGUGCUACUUCCUCUGUCCCUGCAAACACGUUGUUUGUAGGUGGCGGUUACUUCCCGGUUGUCUCAGCUGCUUAUAGCAGCGUUAGGCGUCAACAGCGAAUGCGAAAGAGAAAGUUCCGUAAAUGGGUUUCUUCAGACAGCAGGUCGGCUUCCUCUCGCCGCUCUGAACUGCAGGACUCGCUGGAUGGAUGUGAAUGUGAGCAACCAAACUAUCAGGUUAGAUUUUUGUGGCAUAUCACUAUGAGGAAGCCGACAACCUGGAUUGCCAAUUACCUCCGCAGGGUUAUGUGCACAUUGAGAGUUUCUUCUGCUCGAGGCAGCCGUCGUCCACAUGCUCCUCCUAAAGUUCCUCCUUGUCACCACGAGUGGAUGCCGGUGAGGCCAGCCUUCCCGGACUGCUAUCUUCUCAUGCUGCUGCAACAACUUCAUAAAUUGUGACUUGAGACACCUCCCUGCGGAUUACCAUCAAUACUUACAAGAAAAUGAGGUGAAAGUGAGUACAGUUGAAAGCUACCCUAUGAAUAAUGGAGGAUGCACCAGCAGGUCAAUUAACUCCUCAUCCUGCAAAUCAUGCCUGAUCUUAGCUGAACUAAAUCUUUGUGAUAUUAGCGACCACUUCCGUAUUUCAAGACAAAUCAACACCCAACCACCAUCCACGGCAAUGUGAAGCAAAAUUUUCAGAGAUUCAAGCAUGCAAUGCUUGGUUUGAGAAGCUUCACAAGCAGAGAGUUGCUGAAUUGAAAAGGGAGGCGGCUCGGCGCCGCCGACUCCCCACUGGCCAUCGAGCAUGGGCACCGUCAUGAUACUUCUGUUAUGCGACUAUUCUCUGGGGGCAUGGUAUAUGGCCAAACUGAUUAUAGAGAAGGGAUACACGGGUGCCCAGGUCAUGAAUGUCAUCUUUGCGGUGCUUACCCACUCUGUAAGUUAGUGACCUCCAUGCCUAUCUGUAGUGUCAUAUUUUUAAAAGAGAAGGGAUACACCGGAGACGAGCUGAUUAUAGAGAAUGUGAUUUAAAAGAACCA